AUGCCGUUCUUCGCUGACGGCAGAAACGUCCUAUUGAGGUAUCGGAACUUCCAGUUGAACAGGCCAUCCUCGUACCUCUUAUCAAGCGAUGAGAUUGCUAAGACAGAGGAGGUGGCGGAUCUACUGCUUCAAAUCUAUCAAACACUGGCUGAAAUGAGGUAUCUCGAUCCGUUGUGCAUCAAUCCUGGACCUCACGACCUCAGCCACGUCCAAGAGACAAUGAGCAGCUACAGAAUAGAUCCUGCCAUUAUCCAUCUCUACAGCAUUUUGCCGUAUGUUGAAUGCGGAGAAACUGCGUUUUUCCAGGGAGGUCAGUUCGCGGAUUUUCGGCGAACGAGUGACGUUGAACAGGGCCGGGAUCCGUUUUAUGGUGAUCCAAGAUACGAGGCCGGUUUUGAGGAAGAGGAUGGGCCAUACAUGCGCCCAUGGGUGACCCCCCUACCUCUGAUGGGGAAUCACCAAAGCGUAAUCAUCUACGAUGUACGGCGGCACAGGAUCUGGAUCAUUGAUCAAGAAGGCUGGUCCAGUUCGGAUCCAGCGCUGGAGGGGGCGGAAAGUAUGCCGCCCGUUUCACUCAACCACAACGCCUUUGAACAUCUACCCAGCCGGCCUGCUCCAGACGUUCUCAAGGAUAUCAAUAAGUGGUAUCGCCAGCUCACCAUUCUCCCCGGCGGCGGUGAUGAUACUGGCAGCGAGUGGGACCACUACGAUAUGGAUCUGCCAUCAAUCUACAGGAACAACGGAUGGCCGGACCGCUUUGAUGGUGAUGCGUUCGAGAUUGAGCAGGCUAGAAAGUCCCGUGCCGUGUGGGCAAAAUAUGUAGCCGAAGAGCCUCUUAGGAAGCUUGCGGCUCUUCAGUCCUGGAUGGAGGGCUUUCCCCGGGAGGUUCAACGGGCAAAAGAGUCAGCUCUCAAAGCGACCUCUCAAGAGGAGAAAGAGGCUGCGAGACUUUCUCAGUGGAAGUCCGAGCACGCCCAGCAGAGAACUGUCAAGCAACUUGCGCCUGCUCGAGAAAUGGCUGACACAUUUUGUCCUGGAGGUGUCUGCCAAAGAGCAGAAGACCUACCUCUAUGGGAGUUUGAGAUGGUUCAAUCUGAAUACGAGAGUAAACAGACUCGUUUACGGGAGCUAGAAGAAGGAGGAGAAUUAUCAGAAAAGGAUCACGAGUUUCGCCAAGCACAGAGAGAUGCUAUCAUCUACAAAAGAGCGUACGAUCUGUCCAAGGCAGCAUGUGAGAAGCUAUCCAGCGAUAUUCUAGAACCUCACCUGGCUCUUGUUUGGCCAAGAGAGCCGGAUCCUAACCGCAUACAUGAUGAGAUUAACAAUAUGCAACAAUAUGUUGAUGAUGCCAGGGAGUAUCUCGCCACAGUGCCUGGAAGUGCUCCAAACACCCGAAAAACGAUCGAGCUGGACAUUGAGCAUGUUGAGGACAUGGUUGUGUCCAGGAGACUCAGUUUGUCACACCAAACUUAG